ACCAGAACCACUUCUCUUUCUCAUCACAUCCAGAGAAUUUUGGAGAUGUGAGGAAUAGGAAGAGAUUGGUGAUAUUGAGCAGCCUGUGCAUUGACACGACCUCUUGACCUCAUCUUCAGCAUGAAUGGUGAUAUGCCUCAUGUCCCCAUCACUACUCUUGCUGGAAUUGCUAGCCUAACAGACUUGUUGAACCAGCUGCCCUUGCCUUCUCCUCUUCCUGCCACAACUGCUAAGAGUCUGCUCUACAAUGGAAGGAUCUCUGAAGAGGUCAGCAACCUGCUGGUGUGUCGGGACGAGAAUUUGGUGACUCAGCUGGCACAUAGCCUUAACCAGGUCUCCACGGAACACAUAGAGCUGAAGGACAAAUUGGGGAAUGAUGAACCCGAGGGUGAAAUGCCAAUGCUUCUACAAACUUUGCUGUCCAGGAACCCCAAAAUCUUCAGGGACAAAAGUGUAAUCCAGCAGCCAAUGAUGCAACAGUAUAAAAUAUCCCAGAAUCAGGUGCAUGGGAGUCCAGCAUCAAAUUAUCAACAAACCACUGUCCCUCAAAGCCCCUCUGGAUGUUUUACAUCCCCACAGUCUGGGUCAGCUUCUCGGUUCGUAACCCAGCAGAACAGCCCUAUACCUAGUCCCUAUACUCCUCAGAGUCCUGCAGAUUAUAUGCAGUAUAAUCCACCCAGUUAUUCUCAACACCAGCAGACUCAGCAAGUUGCUGAUGGUGUGAGAAAUAGCCAUGACAACAAGGUCUCUGGACAGCUAUCAAGUAAUUCAACUAAUCAUAAUGCAAGACUAGGCUCAGAUGAAGAAUACAUGAACAUGGCUCACAGACUGGGAAAUGAGGAGAAUGACCCCUCUGUGAGGGCUGCCACUUUUCCAGUUAAAUCACCACAAUCUGUGUGUUCCUCUGCUGGGAGUGAAGAGACAAAUGCAAAAUCAGGGUCCAGGCCUCCUCUUUUCAGGCAGUCACCUCCACCUGAUAUGCCACUAGGUGCAGCGCCUGACCUGCUCCUCACCUCUGCUGACCACAAAAAGAAGCAGCGAGAAAGGUGUAAAGAGGAAAAUGAGCAGAUGGACAAAAACGCCUUGUACGACAUUGUUAGUUCUCCAUCAAAAGACUCUGCCAGGCUGACUUUAAAACUGUCGCGAGUGAAGCUUCCAGACGUGGAUCAAUCUGGAGAACUUCCUCUGAGGGGACAUAUGGACUUAGACCAUGAAACCGAUUUGAUGAAUAAUAAUCAGUUGUCAAGGGAUGCCCAGGACUUGUCUCACAAGUUUGGUGUUGAGGAACAGGUAAACUAUCAGCAGGUUCCUGUUCAGCCAAAUACCAAGGAGAUCGGAGUCAUCGGUGGGGUUGUGUAUGAUGAUGCUGAGAUAGAUGCACUUGCAGAGAUUGAGAGAAUAGAAUGCGAGUCAGCCAGUGAAAGAGAACGAUGGUCUAAAGAAGUCCAGGAUAAAGACAAGCCACUGAAAAAGCGAAAGCAAGACUCGUAUCCUCAGGAAUCUGGAGCCGAGGCAAGUGACGGGCCUUCUGUACAAGUGGGAAACACUGGCAGCAAAGUGACACCCAAGAAGACAAGUGCCACAAGUAAUGGUACCAGUCGGCCUGCUUUGAUGGUCAGUAUUGAUCUGCAGCAAGCUGGCAGAAUGAUAGGACAGCCUAUAGUGGUAUUGGAAGCACGGCAGCUGUGUGAGGACCACCUACAGCGCUUAAAGUCAAAGGCUGAUGCAAAGGUAGAUAAAGUUGUUGAAAACAAACCUGGGAUCAACAAACAGCAUGCUGACUAUCCGAGAAAGACUGGCUCAGAUGGGCAACCAGAAACCCCUAAACAGAAGCAGGAAAGCCGAUGGGAAGCCAGACACAGACAUGAUGGCAAGAUGGACAGUGGCAAGGGACGCUCAGAUGACAGACGGCCAGACACACCACGACAGAAACAUGACAGGCAUUCAGAUUCGCGCCACAAAGAGGAAAAGAACCACAACAGUCACCGAUCCCAUGUCAGCCAACCCGAGACUCCAAAAACCAUGAGCAAGGCGGAGCGUAACGCCAGACAUGGAGAAGACAAAGCCAGGGAUAGAGAAAAGGAUAAGGACAGAGACAGAGAUAGAAAUAGAGACAGAGAUAGAGACAGAGAUAAAGACAGGGACAGGCACAGGGACAGGGACAGAGACAGAGACAAGGACAGGGAAAGGAAACACAAGACAUUGUCAAGGGAAAACUGCAAUAGACACUCUCCUGAUCGUCAUACUAAAUCUGACAACCUGAGAGCGAAGCAAGAUGGGAGCAGAAAAUCCACUGACCUCAAUGGUCGUCAGAGGACAGAAAGUUCCACCCUUCAAAACUCCCAAAAUAAGAAAGAGAAGAAAGGUGGCGAUGGUAGCAUUAGAUGCCAAGCUGGAAACAAACAGUCUUUUGAGACAAAACAUAGCAACUUCCCCUCAUACCUGCUGGGUGGCAAGACAGGGAGUCUGAAGAACUUUGUGAUUCCUAAAUUGAAACGAGAUGGAAGAGACAAAGUUCCACAACUUUCAAACAAAUUGACAGAGGGCUGGAGUGGACCCCUGAUCACACUGGAGAGAAUGUCAUUGUUAGAGAACUUAAGCAAAGGCGCAAAGCCUGUUGUUGUGCUUCAGAGACUCAGUGUUGAUGAGGUAAAAAGGAUCAUUAGGGAAAGCAAGAAUGCACACAGCUCCAGAUCUGGCAACUGGUCCUCCUUUGAUAAAUCAGGGAGAGAGAUGUCAUUUUGUGAGAAGACAAACAAGCGAAGGCACUGUAUGAUCAGUAAGAAAUCCAAGUACGCUGAGGUGGACUCAGAUGAAGAUAAUGAUGAUUCUGACAAUGAGUCUGCAAAGAAAAAGCACAAGAAAGACCAAGACAAGACAUGGAAGUACGAAGAGAGGAAAGGUUCUGGAGAGCACCGUCGAAGUGGAAGUUUUCAUAAUGCUCGCCGGGGGUCCGGUAGCCGUCAUCGUGAAUGGAACCCAGAAGCAUCGGAUGAAGGCUCUCCACCACCAAGCCUAAGUGAUGUUGCCAGAAAAUUGAAGAAAAAGGAGAAACAGAAAAACAAGAAGGUGUAUGAUGCCAAGCUGACACCAGAGGAAAUGAUGGACUCCUCCACAUUUAAGAGAUUUAUAGCCAAUGUGGAUAACAUUCUUGAGAACCUUGAGGAUGUGGACCUCACUGCCACAGAUGAUGACGAGAUACCUCAAGAGCUCUUGCUUGGAAAGCACCAGUUGAGCGAGCUAGGCAGCCAUUCUGCUAAGAUUAAAGCUAUGGGCAUCUUUAACAAGUUUUCAUCGGGUAAACUGGUGAAAAUUUUGAAUGUCCUCGAGAAGAACAUUCAGGACAGCGUCAAACUUUCCACAUUAAUGAAUCAUGAUAAUGAUUCCAUGGAUGAGGAGCGGUUGUGGCGUGACCUUAUCAUGGAGCGGGUGACUAAGUCUGCUGAUGCCUGCCUGACCGCUCUCAACAUCAUGACAUCUCCACGCAUGCCCAAGGCUGUGUACAUAGAGGAUGUUAUUGAGAGGGUGAUGCAGUACACCAAAUUCCAUCUGCAAAACUCUUUGUACCCUCAGUAUGACCCGGUCUACAGAGUGGAUUCCCAUGGAGGUGGUGUGCAUACUUCAAAGUCCAAGAGAGCAAAGUGUUCCACCCAUAAACAGAAGGUGGUAGUCAUGCUUUACAACAAAGUGUGUGAUAUUGUCAGCAACAUCUCAGAGCUCCUGGAGAUCCAGCUGCUAACCGACACCACAAUCCUCCAGGUGUCUACUCUGGGUAUUACACCAUUUUUUGUGGAGAAUGUCAGUGAACUGCAGUUAUGUGCCAUCACAUUAGUGACAGCAGUCUUCUCUCGUUAUGAGAAGCACAGGCAGCUCAUUCUUGAAGAGAUCUUCACCUCCCUUGCUCGACUGCCUACUAGUAAACGCAGCCUCAGGAACUUUAGACUGAAAAGCAGUGAUUCGGAUGGCGAUCCUGUGUAUAUCCAGAUGGUGUCAGCCCUGGUUCUUCAGCUCAUCCAGUGUGUGGUACACCUUCCCUCGGAAAGAGACGCAGAGGACGAACAUAGUAAGAAGGUGGACAAGGAUGUCCUUAUCACAAACUCAUAUGAAACUGCAAUGAGGACAGCUCAGAACUUCCUCUCAGUGUUUCUGAAGAAGUGUGGCAGUAAGCAGGGAGAGGAGGACUACAGGCCACUCUUUGAGAACUUUGUUCAUGACCUCUUGUCUGCAGUCAACAAGCCUGAGUGGCCUGCAGCUGAACUGCUGCUCAGUUUACUGGGUCGGCUGUUGGUGCAUCAGUUCAGUAACAAACAGACAGAAAUGGCACUCAGGGUGGCAUCGCUGGACUACCUCGGCACUGUUGCUUCUCGCCUGCGUAAAGAUGCUCUGACUAGCAAGAUGGACCAAAAGGCUAUAGACCGCAUCCUCAAGGAGAAUCCAGGCAGUGAUGAGAUCCAGCAACUUCAGAAGGACUUACUAGACUUCCUGGAUGAGAAGAUUGACACAGAUCCAUCUCUAGUGUUUGCCAGGAAAUUUUACAUUGCCCAGUGGUUCAGGGACACAGCAAGUGAGGCAGAGAAAGCAAUGAAGUCUCAAAAUGAGAACAAUGAGGACUUGAGAGGUCGCUGUCAUUCAGAGGUUGUUGACGCAACUGGGGAGAUUAUGCAGAGAACCGAGGCACGAAAGAAAUUCCUUCGCAAGGUCAUCAAGACUUCAGCAUCACAUUACAGUUCUCUGAGGUUAAACACAGUAGACUAUGAGGAGUCCUGUCUGAUUGUCAGAUAUCUGGCCUCUAUGAGGCCGUUUGCACAGAGCUUUGAUAUUUAUCUAUCACAGAUUCUGAGAGUACUGGGCGAGAGUGCUAUUGCAGUCAGAACUAAAGCCAUGAAGUGUCUUUCUGAAGUAGUGGCUGUGGAUCCAAGUAUUCUGGCACGGUUGGAUAUGCAGCGUGGGGUUCAUUGUCGCCUCAUGGACAACUCCACCAGUGUGCGAGAGGCAGCUGUGGAGCUCCUGGGCCGUUUUGUGCUAAGUCGACCUGAGCUCAUUGAGCAGUACUAUGACAUGCUCAUUGAAAGGAUAUUGGACACAGGUAUCAGUGUAAGGAAGAGGGUCAUUAAGAUCCUGCGGGAUAUUUGCCUGGAGCAACCAGACUUCCACAAGAUCACUGAGAUGUGUGUGAAGAUGAUCCGAAGAGUCAAUGAUGAGGAGGGGAUCAAGAAAUUGGUGAAUGAGACAUUCCAGAAACUCUGGUUCACUCCCACACCGAGCCAUGACAAAGAUGCCAUGACCAGAAAGAUCCUGAACAUCACAGAUGUGGUGUCGGCAUGCAAAGAUUCAGGCUAUGACUGGUUUGAGCAGCUUCUCCAAAAUCUACUGAAGUCAGAAGAGGAAGCUACUUACAAACCUGCCAAGAAGGCCUGUGUUCAGUUGGUGGACAAUCUUGUGGAACACAUACUGAAAUAUGAGGAGUCUCUUGCAGACUGUGAGGACAAAGGGGUCAACUCAGGUCGUCUGGUAGCAUGCAUCACCACUCUCUACCUGUUCAGCAAGAUCAGAGCACAGUUAAUGGUCAAACAUGCCAUGACUAUACAGCCCCACCUUACCACUAAGUGCAAUACUCAGAAUGACUUCAUGGUGAUAUGCAACGUGGCCAAGAUCUUGGAGCUGGUCGUGCCUCUGAUGGAGCACCCAAGUGAGACUUUCCUCACUACCAUAGAAGAAGACCUGAUGAAGCUCAUCAUCAAAUAUGGCAUGACGGUUGUACAACACUGUGUGAGCUGUCUUGGUACUGUUGUGAACAAGGUCACACACAACUACAAGUUUGUUUGGGCUUGUUUCAAUCGUUACUAUGGAGCUCUGGCAAAACUGAAGACACAGCACCAAGAGGACCCCAACAGCUCCACUCUGGCUGCUAACAAACCUACUCUCCUGCGCUCACUGUUUACGGUGGGGGCUCUCUGUCGACACUUUGAUUUUGACCAAGAGGAGUUCAAGGGUGCUAACAAGAUUGUCAUCAAGGACAAAGUGUUGGAGCUUCUGCUCUACUUCACCACUCAUAAAGAUGAAGAGGUCCAGAUCAAGGCCAUCAUAGGUCUAGGCUUCCAGUUCAUCAUGCACCCAGAGCUCAUGUUUGUGCAGGAUGUAAAGCUUCUUUAUAAUAGUAUCCUCUCAGAUGAGAAUAGUAUGGUCAGCCUGAAGAUCCAGGUGCUAAAAAACCUCCAGACAUACCUGCAGGAGGAGGACUCUCGAAUGCAGGAGGCUGAUCGUGAAUGGAAGAAUCAAGCCAAGCAGGAGGAUCUGAAGGAAAUGGGGGACAUCUCAUCAGGCAUGAGCAGCUCCAUAAUGCAGAUUUACCUGAAGCAGGUGCUGGAGUCCUUCUUCCACUCACAGUCCACUGUUCGGCACUUUGCCCUGAGUGUCAUUACACUGACCCUCAACCAGGGCCUCAUCCAUCCUGUACAGUGUGUGCCCUACUUGGUUGCCAUGGGAACAGAUCCUGAGCCAACCAUGAAGAACAAAGCUGAUCAACAGCUGGUGGAGAUUGACAAGAAAUACUCAGGAUUCAUCCAUAUGAAGGCAGUCGCGGGGUUGAAGAUGUCUUACCAGGUGCAACAGGCCAUAAAUGGAUCCAAAGACACAGUGACCCGAGGUGUUCGUCACGAUGACUCAGAGUCUGCUCUCUGUUCUCAUCUCUACACCAUGGUCCGUGGGAACCGACAACAUAGAAGGGCUUUCCUCAUUUCCCUGCUCAACCUUUUUGAUGACAGCUCUAAAACAGAGGUGAACAUGCUGCUGUUCAUAGCAGACAACUUGGCCUGCUUCCCCUACCAGACCCAGGAGGAGCCUCUUUUCAUCAUGCACCAUAUAGAUAUUACUCUGUCUGUCUCUGGUAGCAACCUUCUCCAGUCUUUCAAGGAGUCUUUACGGAAAGAGCCUGUACAGCAGGAAAAGAAGGUGAAGAUGAAAAAGAAGAAGAAGCAGCCUUGGAGGAGGAAAUAUUGCUCUGAUGAUGAUGAUGAUGAUGAUGAAGACGAGGAUGAAGAGCAGAGCCGUGGCAACUCUAGCAGCAGUGAUGAGGAUGAUGAGGUGGUCCACAGGCGAAAAAAAUCAGUGGUUUCUGAUUCUGACUCUGAAAUGGAAGAUGAGGAUGCAGUGAUGGACCAUCUACCUGAAAACCCCAACCCUCUGCUGGACUUUGCCAGUGCUUCACAGGGUAUUCUGCUGCUGCUGGUGCUCAAACAACAUCUGAAGAAUCUGUAUGGCUUCUCUGACAGCAAAAUCCAGAAGUAUUCUCCGACGGAGUCUGCAAAAGUGUACGACAAGGCAGUGAACAGGAAAUCUAAGGUGCACUUCAACCCUCGUCAGACACUGGACUACCUGAAGAGUGAUCUAGCCAACACGGAUCUCAGUUAUGAGACCAAGAGGAAUAUUGUGAAGCAGUAUUUGGAUUUCAAGGUACUGAUGGAGCACUUGGAUCGUGACGAAGACGACGAGGAGGGUGAAGCGAGUGCCAAUGCCAGAAACAAAGCCAUUAGUUCACUGUUGAGGGGUCCAAAAUUCCAGAACCACAAUCACAAUAAUCACACUGCUCCAGUGGAGACAGAUGAUGAAGAGAGUGAGGAUGAAGAUCCAUCUCCACGGAAACCAAGGAAAGGCAGGGAUUCCGUAGAGGAUUCAGGUCACAUGAAUGAGACCGUGGAGGCAAUGGACGUCAUUGCCAUCUGCUGUCCCAAAUACAAAGACAGACCACAAAUUGCCAGGGUCAUCCAGAAGACCAGAUCUGGCUACAGUAUACACUGGAUGACCGGGACCUACUCUGGACCCUGGGCUGAGGCAAAGAAACGGGACGGUCGCAAAAAGGUGCCUUGGGUUGACACUAUCAAGGAGUCAGACAUUAUUUAUAAGAAAAUCUCCUUGACAAGCGGACACAAGCUUACGAACAAAGUGGCACAGACGUUACGGGCACUAUACGCUGCCAAGGAGGGGACUAAGACCUAAUCAACUGAAAUUUCUCAGACAGAAACCCCUCACAGCCCAAAUCUUUGUGGAACCAAUAUGUUACAAACAGAGAGAAGAUGAAACCUCUUUAGAUUUAAGGACCUGAUGGAAGACAAGUAUUGUGAACACUGAUCUGUUUGAAUACAGACAUGUUUAAAUUAAACACAAGAAAAACACAAGAAGGAAAUGUUUGGGAAAACAUUGUGUGGGAGUUCCUUCGCUGUUGUGCAGCAACUUGGUUGUUUGAUUUUUACUCCCACUGUAUCAUAGUUUAACUAAACACAUGUUUAUAUCUGGACAUAAUUCUGUAAAAAAAAAAUAAAGUGAAUGUUGGAAAUUAGUGUAUUGAUGAUCUGAUGUUCUUAAUAAAGUGUUUUUGGAGUUUAAACUAGCACCAGACGGAUUUUUUUCACUUGAACAGAGCUCCAACAACUUUUAACUGCUUUCUUUUUUCUUGUUUUAAACACUUUAUUGUUUACCCACACUGUGUAUAUCUUUGAUAUAAUUUAUUUCUGUUUAAAGCAGUGCAGUAUCUGUGCCUAUAUGCAGGGGAAGUUAUAUUGUUUUUAAUAUAGAUUUUGAUGUUAUAGAACAAAGAGCAAAAAAAGUGAGGCCCCGCCCUUCUGCUGAAACAAAUACUGCAAUAAAA